AUGUAUAACCAAUAUUCAUUUAGUUACGAUUCAGUAUCGUCAAUAACUAAACUAAUAGAUUCAAAUCAAAUUAGUAUUUUAAAAGAAAAAGUUUAUAGAAAUUGUAGAUAUUUAGAAUUUGGUGAAACUUGUUGGCGUAAAGAGUCUGAUCAAUCUAGUUGGCAUCUUUUAAAUUCAAUCGAGACAGGUUCAAAUAAAAUCAUCAAAUAUCUAUUAGAAUUAAAAAAAUCAAACUCACCAUCAUCAACAUCAUUAGAAACAUCAUUAAAUAACACUGAUUUUGGUGAGAAAUCAAUCGGGUUAGAUGAAAUUCCAAAAAAUGAUAAUAUUUUUAAAGGAUUAUUAUGUUAUUUAAAUAACAUUGGUAAUGAUAAUAAUAAUAAUAAUAGUAGAAACUGCAUUAUUUUUUUAAAUUGUAUAACGAACAUAUUUCGUGUCUGUUCACAUAAUAAUUUUAUCAAUUCCGAGCAAAAUUUUGAUAUGAUGCAAUGGUUCGAUCUAGCAAAUCAAAGACAAAUUAUAGAUAAAAUUCAAGAUUUAAAAAAACAAAUUCAAACGACCAUCAACAACAAUAACAAAAAAGAUAAUAAAACAUUUGUAUCUUUUUAUUUUGGUAAAAAUUAUCCACUUUUCUUGAUUAAUAAUUUUAAUUGUAAUAGGAAAAUAUAUUCAAUUUGUUUAUUUAAUCGAAGAAAAUAA